AUGUCUCUCCAGCGAGCACUAGUCCCUCGCUCAGUCCACAUCCGCAUCAUACCGCGCCCGGCCAAUCUUUCUGAGAGUCGCGAGAUCUAUCGGGUGCUGCAGAAAUUUGGCGAAAUCAACGUAUUCAAGUAUCUACGGUACGAAUAUCAAAACCCGGCAGAUAAUGUCGCUCUCGCCAUCUUUCGCGAUGCGACGUCCGCCCAGCGCGCGCUCGACGCCUCCCCCAUCCGCUUCGCCUUGGAAAAGACUGUGCCACUCACCCCCGAAUCGCACGAAAAUGUCUCUUCAGACCAAGAAGAUUUGGAUCAGGACAAUACUUUCGCGCAGGACACGCCACCCAAGGAGGGCAUUGACGAGAUGCUCAGCCCCUCACAACUCGUGAACCGUUCCUUGCGAGAGGCUCCCAGUACCAAGCCUUCACCCAAACCAACCCCAAUGCCCUUUGAGGCAGCAACCAGUCCUGCCAAACAACAUCAGCAAAUCAGGUGGUUCCAAGUCACGCUUGAUCGUUCGCGUACUGUGCAUCAAGAUUAUGUCGAGCGCCAACCGUUCUGGAAGCAAUUCAGCCCGAUGAAGAGCAUGGCACAGGAAGACCUGGCCAAGACGGUGCCACACAUAGGAUUGAGCGAUAUCAGCAAAAGACCACCCAAUGCGCAUCGGACGCCGAAUCGCGUGCUUGGCAUCAUGCACGAUUACGUCGAGAACAAGUUGCCGACAUUGCGUAGAAUGGUUGAGGGGCAUGCCGUGGAAAGAGGGUUUGAGCAACGAAUUAGAAAUCGACAAUGA